AUGUCAGGGGAGACAGCACCCAAUGAGGGCGAAACCCAGCUCACCUUCAAAGUCAAAACUUCAGGCGAGAAGAGCCAUACCAUAACUGUGGCAGACUCUACAACCAUUCUGGAUCUUAAGACAAAACUUUCGGGCACGGAUUAUGAGAGUAUUUCUGCUGAUAGAAUGCGCCUGAUCUACUCAGGUAGGGUAAUGAAGGACACUGAGCCACUGAGUACAUACAAGAUUAAGAAUGGAAAUACAAUACACAUGGUAAAAAGUGCAGCUAGCAACGUUUCUUCAAGGCCGGCAAACUCUGGAUCUAGCGCAACAGGUCCGGAAUCUACUGGUGUACCGGCUAACAUGGCAGCUGGAACUGCCAAUAACCCACUUGCUGGGCUGACUGGUGCCAGAUACGCAGGCCAUGUUCAGCUUCCGAAUGCCGAUAUAUUUGGAGCAGACGGAGGUAUGGGCGUACCUCCCAGUGAAGAUCAAGUUGCGGGUUUACUUGAAGAUCCAAACUUCUUUCAAACCAUGAAUGAGUUAUUGAACAACCCAUCAAUGGUAGAUAUGUUACUAGGCUCUAUCCCAGGCCUACGGGACAACCCGGAAGCGCGAGCCAUGUUCCAAUCUCCCGAAUUUCGAAGGAUGAUUACCAAUCCGGAGACAAUCCGACAAGCAGCAGCUAUGAGAAGGCUGGUAGGAGGGAAUGCAGCAGCAGCCAAUGCCUUCCCGGCUCCUGGUAUCACUGAUAAUAUGCCGACUGACAUGCCUCCUAGAAAUAUAACCCCAGGUGCUAAUCCCGUCUCUCAAACAAAUCCAUUCGCAGCGCUUUUGGGAGGUCAGACAUUACCACGUCAGAGUUCACCACAAGUACCGACCGUUCCCACAUCUAUGGAACAAGGCUCACCACCAGCGGGUGAUACAAAUCCUCAGAAUCCCUUUGCUUCACUUUUUGGCAACAAUCAAAGCUCAGUCCCAAUGCUCCCGAUGACUCCAGAGAUGGUGCAACAUGCUAUAGCAAUGCUCCAGGCCGGUGGCAUGAACAGCAUGUUCGCGGGUAAUACGCCGGGGGUGAAUCCAAUGGCCUCACUUGGAACAGGACAAGAAGCCUCAAUCUCUGAUAAUUUGUCACCAGCUGACACAAGGCCCCCCGAAGAAAUUUAUGCUAACCAAUUGCGGCAACUGAAUGAUAUGGGCUUCUUUGAUUUUGACCGAAACGUCGCUGCACUACGACGAAGUGGUGGAAACGUUCAGGGUGCAAUUGAACAACUGCUGGGCUAA